AUGGCUUCUUCUUCUGGGUUUAUUGCCACCCUUUUUCUUGUUCUUGCUCUACACAGUUCUUGGGUCCUUCUCUCUUUUGCUUCACAAAAUGUUUACAUUGUGUAUAUGGGAGAAAGACAGCAUGAAGAGCCUGAACUGGUUUCUGAGUCUCACCAUGAGAUUCUGUCAAAUGUGUUUGGAAGGCAUGGACAUGAAAAAAUUCACAGCAAAGAAGCCGCGAAGCAAUCAAUUCUGUACAGCUACAAGCAUGGAUUUUCAGGGUUCGCUGCUGUCCUAACUCAGUCUCAAGCUAAGCUUAUUGCAGGAAUUUGGCCCGAGUCUGUAAGCUUCAGAGAUGACGGUAUGGGAGACGUCCCAUCUCGUUGGAGAGGAAUAUGUCAAGAAGGAGAAAAGUUCAAUCGCUCCCACUGUAACAGGAAAAUAAUUGGUGCACGGUGGUAUAUUAAAGGAUAUGAAGCUGAAUUCGGAAAUCUAAGUACAAGUGAUGGAUUUGAAUUUCGGUCUCCCCGAGAUGCUGUAGGACAUGGUACUCAUACAGCAUCUACUGCAGCUGGUGCUUCAAUAGAAAAUGCAAGCUUUAUGGGAUUAGCUGCAGGAUUGGCUAGGGGAGGUGCUCCAUCAGCUAGGUUAGCUGUCUACAAAGUUUGUUGGGCUACUGGCGGCUGCAGCUCAGCAGACCUACUAGCUGCAUUUGAUGAUGCGAUCUUUGAUGGUGUAGAUGUGCUGUCGGCAUCUCUUGGUUCUCCACCUCCACUUCCUUCUUAUGUUGAGGAUGUUGUGUCCAUUGGUUCUUUCCAUGCUGUAGCUAAAGGAAUCUCUGUUAUAUGCUCUGCUGGAAAUUCUGGUUCAUACCCUCAAACUGUCAUAAAUUCUGCUCCCUGGAUUUUCACUGUUGCAGCAAGCACUAUUGAUCGGGCUUUUCCUACUGCGAUUACCCUGGGAAACAAUCAAACUGUUGUGGGUCAGGCUUUGUAUACAGGGAUGAAUACGAACAAGUUCUAUCCUCUUGUGUAUGGAGGAGACAUUGCCUCUAUUGAUGCAGAUGAAGACAGUGCCGGGAACUGUGACUCAGGAACUCUAAAUGAUACUUUAGCAAGGGGAAAGAUGAUUCUUUGUUUCCAAUCUCGAACACAGAGGUUAGCUAUUACUGCAAUCAGAACAGUGAUGAAUGUUAAGGGUGCUGGUCUCAUUUUUGCUCAGUUUCCUAGCAAGGAUGUUUCUUUGUCCUCGGGUAGUCCACCAUGUGUCCAAGUUGACUUUGCAAUUGGCACAUAUCUGCUAACAUACAUAGGAGCAACCAGAAAUCCCGUAGUCAAGUUCAAUCCAACGAAAACACAAGUGGGACAACAGAUAUCUCCAGAAGUGGCAUUCUUCUCUUCCCGAGGACCCAAUUCUCUCUCUCCUUCCAUAUUGAAGCCUGAUAUUACUGCUCCUGGUGUUAAUAUUUUAGCCUCCUGGUCCCCUGCUCGUUCCCCAUCCAAAUCUCCAGAUACCUUCAAAAUUGAAUCAGGAACUUCCAUGUCUUGUCCCCACAUAUCUGGUAUUGUUGCUCUGCUUAAAGCUAUCCAUCCAACAUGGAGUCCGGCUGCAAUAAAAUCUGCCCUGGUUACAACAGCUUCUCUAAAGGAUGAAUAUGCUCAAAGUAUUGUGGCUGAGGGAGCUCCUCACAAGCAGGCUGAUCCAUUUGACUAUGGUGGCGGUCAUGUAGAUCCUAACAAAGCCAUAUCCCCAGGUCUCAUAUAUGAUAUAGAAUCCUCGGAUUACAUCCGUUUUCUUUGCUCCAUGGGCUAUAACAACACAGCCAUCAGCUUAAUGGCUGGGACUAAAAUCACAUGCCAAAAAUCGACCAAAUUCAUUGUAAAUCUUAACCUGCCUUCCAUCACCAUUCAUGAGCUGAAGCAGAAUAUGACAGUAUCAAGAAGGGUUACAAAUGUCGGUCCGGUUAAUUCUGUCUACGUUGCUCGUGUUCAAGCACCAGCCGGUGUGUCUGUGAAAGUUAAGCCAUCAGUUUUGUCAUUCAAUUCUACCGUAAAGAAGCUGGAGUUCAAAGUUAUCUUUUGUUCCCUACUAAGAGUUCAAGGAAGAUUCUCUUUCGGAAAUCUGCUCUGGGAAGAUGGUUUGCAUGUAGUGAGAAUACCACUGGUAGUUCGAACCGUCCUUGAUGACCUUUAUGCAGACGCAUGA